CGCCGAGCUUGCCAUUUACAUCCAAACCCCUUUUACUCUUCUUUCAUUUCAACGUUUCUCUUCUCUCUCUAGUUUUCUACUAUUCAACGGAGAGAGAGAGGGCGUCUCAUCUCGUUUUUUAGCACCCAGAAUCGGAGAACACAGCAAUGGAACCCUGGAAGAUGAUUCUCCCGUGUUUGCUGUUGAUUUUGAUCUUCCUGGCCACGGAUCUUGUGCGCCCUACUCAUGCUAUUUGGCUUAACAUUCCUUCUUCCGGAACCAAGUGCGUCUCUGAGGAAAUCCAGACCAACGUCGUUGUUAUGGCUGAUUAUGUUGUAAUCUCUGAGAAUUACACCCAUACGCCCACCAUUUCCGUCAAGGUAACAUCACCAUACGGUAACAACCUCCACCAUAAGGAGAAUCAAACGAGUGGGCAAUUUGCAUUCACCACAGCGGAGUCUGGCAACCAUCUGGCAUGCUUUUGGAUUGAUGGCCAUAAUCAGGGUGGUGGUGAUGCUAGCUUAAAUCUCGAAUGGAGAACUGGAAUUUCAGCUAAGGAUUGGGAGUCAGUUGCAAAAAAGGAAAAAAUUGAGGGUGUUGAGCUGGAGCUCCGGAAACUUGAAGGGUUGGUAGAGGCCAUUCAUGGGAAUCUUUUGUAUCUGAAGCGCAGGGAAGCAGAUAUGAGGAUAGUAAGUGAAAAGACAAAUGGAAGAGUGGCGUGGUUUAGCAUAAUGUCCUUAGGUGUAUGUAUUUUGGCUUCCGCACUUCAACUCUGGUACUUGAAGCGCUUCUUCCACAAAAAGAAGCUCAUCUAAAAUAGUGUUCUUCUCUACCUUUGUGACUUUCUUUUCUUACACCAAGGAGUA